AUGCCCAUAAAGCUCCCCAAGGGAUUCCAGAGGAGAAAGUCUUCCGGCAAUGCCCUCGAGGAGGCUCAGUCUCCCAAGUCUCCUGGGGGCACAUCCUCGUUCAGAGUGAUCGAACGGCCAGGAGCCAACAACAAAUCUUUUGAUGGAGGCUCUCUUAUCAGAGCCGUUCAUCAAAAUGCGUCAACGCCAGCCCUUGCGAGGGGGAGCUUCGAACAAGACGAUGAGAACAUGUUCCGUGUCUCGAGUUCAUCGCGUCCCGAUGCUACGAACAGGGGGAGCGGCGGCACUGAUAAUUCGCUCUCAACAGCGCAAUAUGAUAGCGCGGCAUCGAGCUCGCGUCUGAGUGUCUCGACGAAUCCCUCAUCCCUCGAUGCGCACUCCGACCGAAAUGUGCAGGCUCAAUAUAAGGAUAUACCAGCCCCACCAGCCCCCUCUGCACGGCCUGGAUUUCUACGGAACUCAGCAAGAACAUUCUCGUUAGGUAUAACUGGCAAGUCAAGAGAAUCACUCACAUCGUCACCAGCUGGCCCACCAUUACCACCUUUGCCGUUAGAAGCACGUGGUCGAGCUGCUACAGCAAGCAGUGCCAGCACAGCAACACCGCCACGGCUCUACGACUCGGACCUGGCUCUUGACAGCAGUGAGCUCGAUGGCUUCGAGAACAUGUUUGAAGGCAUUGGCAGUUCCAGUCGGGACCAGAGCCCGGGUCUGAGAAACUCGAGAUAUGGAACAUCGCCGUCAAACCAAUGUCCUCCUUCGAGCUACGUUGACUCCACGCAGUCUCGAUCUGCGCGAGCUCCUGCCCCUAAGCCGAUCUCGACGUCCCGAUACGAUGCGGUUGACGAAGCCCCUCAUUCAUGGGCGUCACAAAAUUCCCAGAAUGGGCUCAUGAGAUCACCGAGCCCCUCUCGAACAAUUACACAGGGGAGCCCGACAGUGCCUGCACACGCAUCCUUCUCGGUCGGCAAGACACGCCCAAUAAAUCGCAAGCCCCUGGCAGGCGAAACAGCCAGCCUGAGCAAAGAACGAACGAACUCGAGCUCAAAUGACGGGCGAAACCUGCUGAGAAAGACGGAGACGUGGCGGAGUGAGGCUUCUGACAAUUAUGCCAGCGCACUGGAUCCUGCUCUGCUCGAGAGUGCAGAUCUUGCCAAUCAAUGGGCCGAAACCAAACCUGCCGCCGUUCGACCGCCUCCUUCUGGUAAAGUAAUGACGCCUGCACAGUUCGAACGCUACCGACGUCAGCAAGAGGAGGAUCGUAAGUUGGGCGCCUCCCGAGAUAGCGACUCAGAAGAUGAAGUGAACUACGACGAUGACGAUGAAGAAGAGAAGGAAAAAGAAGCUGCCAAACAGAGACGGAAACAAGAAGCACAUCUAUCCGUCUACCGGCAGCAAAUGAUGAAAGUGACAGGCGAGCAAGCUACAGGAAGGCAAAGCAGUCUAGGCCAGACUCUAGAUCCUCGGAUGAGUCCAAGCCCCAACGCUCUCGACAACCGAAUGUCACACCUUACGGUCGGCACUCAGCAGUCUGGACGAAGCAGCGGCGACGAGCCGGACGAGGAUGAGGACGUUCCACUUGGUAUUCUGGCCGCCCACGGCUUUCCGAACAAGAACCGUGCGCCAACACAGCUGCUACAGUCAACCUCGAACCCGAACUUGCGCACAAUAGCGCAACAGAAUCAGCAGUCCACGGCACCUGCACCUUCAAUUGCUGGGACAGCGACAAAUCGAGGCAGUAUGCCAGUAUUUGCUCGGCAACUACCAGCCGAUCCAUACUACGGUGCCAGCGUCGUGAAUCCCAUGCAUCGCGAGUCCAUCAACAUGGCUGCACAAGCACCGAUGCCCUCAGGCGCAUCCACCGCGCACCCAGUUCAUCCCGCCGGUCUGGUCGGAGUAAUUGCGGGCGAAGAAAAGGCGCGGGCAAUGCGUCGUGGCAGCCCCAACACGCAAGGCAACUACGAUCUCCCGCCGAGCAUGCAGCACCCCGGACUACCUCGAUCUCAAACCAUGGGACCAGGCGGACUCACACCCGGUGACCAUGCUCAGAUCCAAAUGUCCCAGCAAAUGACACAGAUGAUGCAGAUGCAAAUGCAAUGGAUGCAGCAGAUGCAGCAGAUAAUGGGCGGCCAGAUGAUGCCACCGGGCCCUGGCACACCAGGAGGCGGUAUGCCGAUGAUGCCUCCUGGAAUGAUGCCCAUGCCGGGUAUGCCUAUGCCUGGCAUGCCGAUGCCUCAAUCUGCGCCCAGCAUGGCUGGUGGACGUCCUCCAACGAUUCACAUGAACUCGGCCCCAGCAUGA